GAGAACUGUCUUACAGAUGAUAUCAGCGUAUCUACGUGGAAGGAGCAGGUUUUCCUGUCACAUAGCGCUUUGCUGGCAAAGAGCUGCCAGGCUGCCAUGGAGCUUGCAAAGCACAGCGCUGAGAUCCAGGACAUGGCAUUUCAGUAUGGAAAGCACAUGUCUAUGAGUCAUAAGCUACAUUCAGACCUUCAGCCAUUUGUUAAAGAAAGUUCCAGUGACGCCAUGGCCUUCAGUUUGAAUUCUGCUCCUGCAAUCCUUCAUCAGGAAUUCCUUGGAAGGGAGGCAUGGAUUAAACAGAUCAGAGAGGCACAAGGAAAAGGAAAUGUAAUGGACUACAAGAAGCUGCAGGACACCAUCAAGGCCGGCAAAGGUGUGACUUCUGCCAUCGACCUCUGCCGCUGCCACGGAAACAGAGCGCUGGCGGCCCUGGAGGGCUUCCCUCCCUCCGAGGCCAGGGCCGCCUUGGCCAACAUCGUCUACGCUGUGACCAGGUUUCCCUGA